AUGGCCAAGGCCGCCGCGAAGCGGGAGGCGAUCGAGAGCAUGCGCGAUGGGCUCGGACAGCAGAUGGCGGUGAAGGCCCAGCGGCUGCGCGGGGAGGAGGCCGCCCGGGCGCAGGAGCGGCGGUGCGUGGACCUGUCGGCAGCGGAGCUCGAGAAGGCCGCCCUCGCCGAGCGCAUUGCGCGCAGGCAGCACUACUCGGACCAGUUCAACGCUGCGCUGCAGGAGGCAGAGUCCCGCAAGGCGCAGACCAAGGCCCGAAAGGACGCCGAGGUGGCAGACAUGCGGCGGCGCAUCGCCGAGGCGAACAACAAGGACCGGGGACCGCGGCCUGGAGAACCGGGAGCACGCCAUGCGCCGCUACCGGGCCGUGGCCGAGCUGCAGGAGGAGGGGCGAACUCGCAGAUGUACAAUCGCUUGGUCGCAGAGCCCGAGCUGGCCCAGAUGCGGGCCGAGGCCGCCAGACUGGACCGCGACGAGGCCGACGCGGACUGGUCCUGGCUGCACCCACCAGCGCACGUGCAUGCGGAGUACGGCAUCACCCACAAGCCCGUCCACGCGAUCCGGCAAGGGAGCGAUCAGCCGGAAGAUCAAGGUGACCUCGGGCAGGGACGCGGCGUGAGCAGCGGCUGGCAGAGCUCGAGCACCAGCUGUGGACGAGACGGAGACCAGCCACGGUUCCACGGAGCCUCGGUCAAGGACGCCUCCAAGGGCCAUCCCUGCAAGCCGCAGCGAGAUAGCCAGAGGACCUUCAGGGACACGAUGGGCAUGGUGCGGCUGCGAGACGACACCACUCAUGGAGCCGGUAAAGGAAGCGGCCCGCUCCGGUACGCAAUGGCGCUCGUUGAUGCCAUGCUCCAGCGGUUGCGGCAACGCGCGGCGCGGCUGCCCCAGUGCCGCGGCCUGAAGCCGGGGAACGGUGGCGGCAGCCAAUGCCGCGCCAUCGGCCAUGCUCGACAUGCUCGACGGCCUGCGAACGCGACAAGCAUAGCCAAGAUGCGCAAUCACAGCGCAGGAACUGCGACGAGCGAGAUUGCGGUUGGGCCUCGUCGAACGGUGAAGGGCAUCAGCGCGCUCGACGGGAUGAUCUCGUGGCGCGUCGCGGUUGCCAGCUCCUGCGACAGCGGGGUCAACGUGCAUGCGGCUGCGAUGGCCACGCCGGCGGCGCAGGGCGCGCCUCCCGCGGCGGACGCCGAGGCAAUCGCGGAGGAGAAGAAGAAAAGGAAAAAAGAGGAUGCGAAGAUCUUCUUCGAGCAGAAGAAGAAGCAGAAGCAGGAGGAGAAGGAAAAGCGUGAUGCCGCCAUAGCGCGGGGCGAAUUGCCACCCGAGCCCGAGAAGCCGAAGGCGGCGCCGUUGAAGGAGCCGCCGCUGCUCUUCCCGCACGCGCAGGCCCUGCACAGCACCUUCUGGGACCCCAGCGCCGACCCGGACGCCCUGCGGGCCGUUGUGCAGGAGCUGCUGGCGGCACGGCGGCAGCUCGCGGCCGAGACCGAGGAGAGAUCUCGAAGAGGGACGACAUACCUCAGCCGGCGCGGAGAAAGGCGUUGCUGA